AUGGCCUUCUUUGAGCUGUCCGUGCUCCCGACCGUCGUGUAUGGCCUGCUCAUUACCCUCCUCUUCGCCUACUACCUGCGGUACGCGUGGUCCAUCCUGCGCGACGACGGCAUGGGUCCGUUAAGUUUUGCGUCGUCCUCGCGCGGCGGCAUCGAUGCUGGCGCGGCGGCACACGAGCCCGGCGACCGGUACCCGGGCAUGGUCAACCUGAGCGGCACGUUGUGCUACAUGAACAGCGUGCUGCAGGCGUGGGCAUCUCUCCCGCACCUGCGCGCACACCUCGAGCGCAUCAUUCAGCUCGCGACUGCUGCCGACGUCCCGACCCCUGUGACAGAUGCAGUGCACGACGUGCUGCGGCGGCUGAAUACGGGUCACGCCAAGCAGCCGCCAGCACUGCGACCGCACCAGCUACUCGCCGCCCUCAGCCCAUUGCCUGCCGUCAGGCGUCUCCUGGCUACACGGGAACAGCAGGACGCGCACGAGCUCUUCGUCGUGCUCGCCGAGGCAGUUUCCGACGAGGCGACAAAGGUGGCGAAGGAGGUGGCGCGGACCAGGGGCCUGGGGCAAGCGCUGGAUCUCAGCAGUCUCGACGUCCGCGCGCUGAAGAAUGGUGCAGCCCGUCGAGUUCCCCAGAACAGGCCCGAGAAGGACCUGCAGGCGCCGUGGGACGGCCUGCUUGCCCGGCGGCGAGUGUGCCGACGGUGCGGUUACAGCGACGUCGUGCGCAUGGACAGUCUCGGCGGCAUGGAGCUCCCCGUUCCCCGAUCAGUGAGUUAA